AUGGGUAUUAAGCACCUAUACCAGGUAAUCGCGGAGAAUGCCCCUGAUGCGGUCAAGGCGGGGGAUAUCAAAAACCAUUUUGGCCGAAAGGUUGCUAUAGUAUGUGAUGUCCUUCCUUCCGUUUAUGAGCUCUCCAUGAGUAUCUACAGUUUCCUCAUUGCCGUGCGCUCCGAGGGCCAACAACUCAUGAGCGACACCGGCGAGACCACGUCGCAUCUAAUGGGCAUGUUCUACCGCACUUUGCGAAUGGUCGACAACGGAAUCAAACCCCUUUAUGUCUUCGAUGGAGCUCCGCCAAAACUCAAGUCGGGCGAGCUAGCCAAGCGUACCGCUCGAAAGGCCGAAGCUACUGAGGCUCAUGAGGAGGCCAAGGAAACCGGCACAGCGGAGGACGUUGAGAAGUUUUCACGGCGUACAGUACGGGUUACGAGAGAUCACAAUGCGGAGUGUAAGAAGCUGUUGAAGCUGAUGGGCAUCCCAUACAUCGAUGCCCCCACCGAGGCGGAGGCGCAGUGCGCAGUCCUUGCACGGGCGGGAAAGGUCUAUGCUGCUGCUUCCGAGGAUAUGGACACGUUAUGCUUUGAAGCACCUAUUCUCCUCAGACAUCUUACAUUCAGCGAACAGCGAAAGGAACCGAUCCUAGAAAUUCAUCUCAGCCGCGUGCUGGAAGGACUCGAUAUGGACCGAAACCAGUUUAUCGAUCUUUGUAUCUUACUUGGCUGCGAUUAUUUGGAGCCGAUUCCCAAAGUUGGACCCAAUACUGCCCUGAAACUGAUUCGGGAGUUUGGGAGCCUCGAGAAGGUUGUUGAGCAUAUGGAGAGCGAUCCGAAGAAGAAAUACGUUAUUCCGGAAGAUUGGCCGUACCAGGAUGCAAGAGAGCUUUUUCUCAAUCCAGACGUGAGGGAAGCUAGCCACCCAGACUGCGACUUCAAAUGGGAGGCACCAGAUAUUGAAGGCCUUGUGGAAUUCCUGGUGAAAGACAAGGGCUUUAACGAAGAUCGAGUGCGCAACGGCGCAGCCCGGCUCCAGAAGAACUUGAAAACUGCCCAGCAGUCACGUUUAGAGGGCUUUUUCAAACCUGUGGCCCGGACCGAUGAGGAGAAGGCGAACCUCAAACGUAAGCACGACGAGAAACUUCAGGAACAGAAAAAACGCAAAAAGGAGGAGGCUAAGGCCAAGAAGGAGGCCAAGGCAAGACCCCGCGGUGCGGUUCUUGAAAAGGCAACGGCUAAGUAG